UCCCAGCGAUAUUGAUGAUGCUUGCUUUCUGAUUCUGGGCAAACGCCGAGCUUGCACUUGGCUUGCAGCUAGCUAGCGUAGCUAGUUUACUAGCCGACGCAGUUCAGCAGUUGAUAUUUAGGCUUCGAGCACUGGAAUUUUUUUCUCUCCAAAAAAGCUCUUAUUAGAGUGUUGCUGUACUGGACAUGUUCUGGAAUCGUGUGUUUUACAUGCUGUACUGUAUAUGUUAAUGGUGAAUAUGAAACUGUAUGCAUGUUCCUGAAUUGUGGAUGGCCUCACAUCCAGUCACUCUGUGAAGGGGCAGCUGGACAAGUAGCCUAUUUCUGGACUCUUAAAGGAAGGGCCUGCCUGCACAAGGAUCUUAAACAUGCCCUUGCCAUUUGGCCUAAAACUCAAAAGAACUCGAAGGUACACAGUCUCCAGCAAGAGCUGUCUGGUCACCCGCAUUCAGCUGCUCAAUGGCGAGUUUGUUGAGUUUACUCUUUCUGUGGAAAGCACCGGUCAGGAAUGUCUGGAGGCAGUUGCCCAGAGACUUGAGUUACGGGAGAUAACAUUCUUCAGCCUCUGGUACUUCAACAAGCAGAACCAGCAGCGAUGGAUCGACCUGGAGAAGCCCCUGAAGAAGCAGCUGGACAAGUACGGCCUGGAGCCCACCGUGUACCUGGGGGUGGUGUUCUACGUGCCUAGCGUGUCCCAGCUGCAGCAGGAGAUCACCAGAUAUCAGUAUUACCUACAGUUAAAGAAAGAUGUUUUGGAAGGCAGAAUCCCAUGCUCUAUAGAACAGGCUAUCCGAUUGGCUGGCCUGGCAGUGCAAGCUGACUUUGGAGACUUUAAUCGAUACGAGUCUCAGGACUUCCUCCAGAAGUUUGUUCUGUUCCCCAUUGGUUGGAUCCAGGAUGAGAGAGUCCUGGAGGAGGCCACUCAGAAGGUGGCUCUGCUCUACCAGAACUACAGGGGACUGCCCGCUCCAGAGGCUGAGAUGCUGUACAUGUUGGAGGUGGAAAAGAUGGAGGGCUAUGGGCAGGAGAGCUACCAAGCCAAGGACAGCCAAGGCACCGACAUCCUCCUGGGAGCAUGUCUGGACGGCAUCUUCGUUAAGCACAAGAACGGCCGCCCCCCCCUUGUCUUCAGGUGGAAUGAGAUUAACAACAUGACUCACAACAAGUCCUUCUUUGCCCUGGAGCUGGCGAACAAAGAGGAGAGCGUUCAGUUCCAGACGGAAGACAUGGAAACCUCCAAAUAUGUGUGCCGGAUGUGUCUGGCCCGGCACAAGUUUUAUAAGAUUAACAAGAGCAGCCUAGAGGAGUCUGACCCCCCGCCUUCUGAGGGCUCCCAGAAGUCCAUUCUCACUCUUUACUUUCCUCGCUUUCCAAUGCUCUCUCGUCCCUCUCUGCCUUCUAACAAGGGCCAAACCCAACCCACAGCCGUGAACCCAGUCAGACGAAGAUCCUCCACCCGGUUGUCUCUGCCAAAGCCCCAGGCCUACAUGAUGCCCCCGCCCCAGAUGCACUACAACGGCCACUUCACCGAGCCCUACACGUCCUCGCAAGACAACCUGUACAUCAACAACCAGAACGGCUACUACUACCACUCCCAGACGAGCCUGGACCGCUCCCCGCUGGAGUACGGUGGCGGCGGCGGCGGGCGCCUACGCAACGGCAGCGUGUACAGCGCCCACAGCACCAGCUCGCUCACCAACCCCCAGCACUACCUGCAGCCCUCGCCCAUGUCCUCCAACCCCUCCAUCACGGGCAGCGACGUCACGCGGCCCGACUACGUCCCCACCCACCGCCACAGCGCCCUCAUCCCGCCGUCCUACCGGGCCACGCCCGACUACGAGACGGUGAUGAGGCAGAAGACCCGCGGGGGGGGAGGAGGAGGAGGAGGGGGGAUGGUUCUGACCCAGGAGCACCGGCAGAGCCACUCCAUGCGGAACCUGAACAUCGGGAACUCGUACGCCUACAGCCGGCCCGACCCCCUGGUGUACAGCCAGCCGGAGAUCCGCGGGGAGCACGGGGGCGGUGCCCACCACCACUACCCCUUCCACCUGAACUCCAGCUUCCACAGCCCCUCGCCGUACCCCCACCCCAGCGAGAGGAGGCCCGUGGUGGGCGCCGUCAGCGUGCCCGAGCUCACCAAUGUCCAGCUGCAGCAGGCCCAGGACUACCCGGCGCCCAACAUCAUGAGGACCCAGGUGUACCGCCCGCCGCCGCCCUACCCGUAUGGCGCCCACCCGCGGCCCGCCAACAGCACGCCCGACCUGUCCCGCCACCUGUACGUGAGCAGCAGCAACCCGGACCUGAUCAUCACCCGCCGGGUCCACCACUCGGUCCAGACCUUCCAGGAAGACAGCCUCCCCGUGGCCCACUCCCUCCAGGAGGUGUCCGAGCCCCUGUUCCUGGCCGCACCCCCCCACCGACACCCCCACCUCUCCCAGAAACGCAACUCCAUCGAGAUCGCUGGCCUGGCCUACAGCCUGGAGGGCAUGAGGGUGAAGGAGAGGACCGUCUCGGCCUCGGCGGCCGACACGGCCUCCACUCCCCCCCCCGCCCAGCGUGGCCCCUCCCGGGGCUCGCAGCUCGACGUGUUCCUGGAGCGUACCAAGUCGGAGGACGGCGGGGAGGGGAAGGAGGACGUGCGCUACGGCCACAAAAAGUCUCUGUCGGAGGCCACCAUGCUGGUGCACAGCAGCGGCGAGGAGGAGGAGUUCGAGGACGACGGCGGGCGCCACACGCCCCGGUCCCAGGACGCCCUGGGCGGGGGCGCGUCUCAUCCAGACCCCCAGCAACACCACCUGGUCUCCCUGGCUCAGAUCCCCUUGGAGCCGCCGCCCGCCUACCCCACGGGCUCCUCCCUCGACCCCGCCCUGACCGGGCCGCUGGCCUAUCAGACGCACCCGCUGAUCCCCGAGGCGGAGGCGGUGUACCUGGCCCGUCAGCAGCAGCCCAGGAUGAUGCCCUCGGUGUCGGAGGGAGACCUGAGCAGCCAGGCCAAAUACAACAAGACCAAGAAGAGGCCCGUGUCUGACGUGCCUGCCGCCAAGAAGACUGUGGAAGGCCUGCCUCCUCCAGGUAUGAAGAAGGGGUCGCGGGCGGAGGUGAAGAAGAUGGGCCCCCUGAAGGUGGCGGCCCUCAACGGCCUGACCCUGUCCAGGCUGCCGCUGCACGACCAGGGCAAGGACGAGCCCGAGCUGGCCUCCAACGACGAGAGGUGUAAGGUUCUAGAACAGCGUCUGGAGCAGGGCAUGGUGUUUACAGAGUACGAGCAGAUUCCGAAGCGGCGGCCCAACGGGGACUGCAACAUCGCCCUGCUGCCUGAGAGCGGCGAGCGCAACCGCUUCCAGGACGUGCUGCCCUACGACGACACGCGCGUGGAGCUGGUGCCCACCAAGGAGAACAACACGGGCUACAUCAACGCCUCGCACGUCCGGAUAACGGUGGGCGGAGACGAGUGGAGCUACAUCGCCUCGCAGGGCCCGCUCUCCAACACCUGCCAGGACUUCUGGCAAAUGGUGUGGGAGCAGGGCGUCGCCAUCAUAGCCAUGGUCACCGCUGAAGAGGAGGGCGGCCGGGAGAAGAGCUUCCGCUACUGGCCUCGUCUGGGCUCGCGCCACAACACGGUGACAUACGGCCGCUUCAAGAUCACCACGCGCUUCCGCACGGACUCGGGCUGCUACGCCACCACGGGCCUGAAGAUCAAGCACCUGCUGACGGGCCAGGAGAGGACGGUGUGGCACCUGCAGUACACGGACUGGCCCGACCACGGCUGCCCCGAGGACUUCAAAGGCUUCCUCACGUACCUGGAGGAGAUCCAGUCAGUGAGGAGACACACCAACAGCACUAGCGAGGCCAAGAACACCACCCUGCCUGUGCUGGUCCACUGCAGCGCCGGGGUGGGCCGCACCGGGGUGGUCAUCCUGUCUGAGAUCAUGAUCGCCUGCCUGGAACACAACGAGAUGCUUGACGUCCCGACCGCUCUCAACAUGCUUCGGCAGCAGAGGAUGAUGAUGGUGCAGACCAUCUCUCAAUACACCUUCAUCUACAAAGUACUCAUCCAGUUCCUACGCAACUCCCGGCUCAUCUGAGCCUCAAUCCUUUGCCAUCACCACAGCCAUUCAGAGGACUACUGGCCAACCGGUUUCUUCCAGCCUCCUGCCAAACUGCAGAGCAAUGGAGAAACUGCAACCGGUGGAUCCAACAUGGCUGCUGCUGCUGGCUGGGUUCUGGACGACCCUUUCUUUCAGUAUUAACCAAGGCACAAUGACGGAGCCUGGAUGGAGAGAGGAGAAGCAGCAUUGUUACCUGAGGAAAGGAGAAAAUGGUGGUGCCUCUCAAUAACAGUAUUAUUAUAACAGAGAUUUCGCUGUGGGUUAUUACACUACACAAUGACUACAUAUAAAACUCAGCACUUUUACAGUACUUUACUGUAUAUAGCGAAACCAUGUUAAAUCUGCAGUUAAUUCUAUAUUAUGAUUACUGUGUAUCAUAAGCAAUUUUUAAGAUCUAUUUUUACCAUUUUAUUAUAUGGUUUCUUUUUAGACAAAUGUGUUAAUUUGAUGUUGAGGGUUUUGAUUAUGAAGGACAUUGUUUGAUUUCUGAAGAGUUACUGCUAUUGUUGGACUACCGAUGUUUUAUGACCUGACUGGAAUAUGGGAACGUGACAAAACACUUCUCGGUUUGUGAUGAAUCUCUUGUGUUCGUCACACGGUGGAAGAAGUGUUGAAACAUUGCCAAGCUUUCUUGAGAGCUCUUGAGCCUAUUUUGUUUGCUCGUACAUAUGUGAAUUUUACACCAAUUUUUUACACAACAAAAUUGUAUCUAAAACACUUAAGACAUACAUAAUUGAUAUGCAUAAAGGAGAUUUCAAGUUUGACCAACUUGAGCCCUCACUCUGAUUAGCAUCAUAACACCAAAGGAAACCAGAGUAUGGAUGGUGUGAUAGAGAUGUGCUCCAUUUAAUCAUAUCACUGAAGGGUUCCAUGUUUUGACAAGUUAAUGGUGGAGAUAGUGUGGUGCCAGAGACCUAGCUGUACUAAAUCACCAAAGAGUCUACUUCCCCAUCAGACUAGGAGCAAAACCCAAAACUCUUGCACAACCCAUGUGGACUUCCAUUGUUACAAAUGAAAAAGCUAAAUAAAUAACUUAUUAUUUUAAUUUUCAUGAAA